AUGUACGUUUUGAAAAGAGACGGGCGCAAAGAGCCAGUCCGCUUCGACAAAAUCACCGCCAGAGUGUCCCGUUUGUGUUACGGCCUCGACCCUAAGCACGUUGAACCCGUUGCCAUCACCCAGAGAGUCAUUUCUGGUGUUUACCAUGGCGUCACCACCAUCGAGCUCGACAACCUCGCUGCAGAGACUGCCGCUUACAUGACCACCAUCCACCCGGAUUAUGCGACCCUGGCUGCCAGAAUCGCCAUCUCCAACUUGCACAAGCAAACCACCAAGCAAUUCUCCCAAGUCGUGGAGCAGUUGUACAGAUACGUGAACCCAAAGAACGGUAAGCACUCGCCAAUGAUUUCCGAGGAGACUUACGAGAUUGUUCAGAAGAACGCAGAAGAGCUCAACUCGGCAAUCGUGUACGACAGAGACUUCUCGUACAACUAUUUUGGUUUCAAGACUCUGGAACGGUCGUACUUGCUCAAGGUUGACGGAAAAGUUGCUGAAAGACCUCAGCACAUGGUUAUGCGUGUUUCCAUUGGUAUUCACGGCAACGACAUUCCAAAGGUCAUCGAGACCUACAACUUGAUGUCCCAGAAGUUCUUCACUCACGCGUCUCCAACCCUUUUCAACGCGGGUACCCCCCACCCUCAAAUGUCCUCGUGUUUCUUGGUCGCAAUGAAGGAGGACUCGAUCGACGGAAUUUAUGACACGCUUAAGACUUGUGCUUUGAUCUCCAAGGCAGCUGGUGGUAUUGGUUUGCACAUCCAUAAUAUCAGAUCCACUGGUUCUUACAUCGCCGGUACCAACGGUACUUCUAACGGUGUGAUUCCGAUGGUGAGAGUGUUUAACAACACCGCCAGAUACGUUGACCAAGGUGGUAACAAGCGUCCUGGUGCCUUUGCCUUGUAUAUCGAGCCAUGGCAUUCCGACAUCUUUGAUUUCAUCGACAUCCGUAAGAACCACGGUAAGGAGGAAAUCAGAGCUAGAGACUUGUUCCCUGCUUUGUGGAUCCCAGACUUGUUCAUGGAGAGAGUCGAGCAAAACGCCGACUGGACUUUGUUCUCUCCUUCUGAAGCCCCAGGUCUUGCUGACGUCUACGGUGACGAGUUCAAGGAACUCUACACCAAGUAUGAAAGAGAGGGACGUGGAAGACAAACUGUCAAGGCCCAGAAGCUGUGGUAUGCCGUCUUAGAGGCCCAGACCGAGACCGGUACUCCUUUCAUGUUGUACAAGGACUCCUGUAACGCCAAGACCAACCAGAAGAACUUGGGUAUGAUCAAGUCGUCCAACUUGUGCUGUGAGAUUGUCGAGUACUCUUCGCCAGAGGAGGUUGCUGUUUGUAACUUGGCCUCGAUUUCUCUGCCUUCGUUCUGCGAAAACGACGAGACCACCAGCUGGUACAACUUUGAGAAGCUGCACCAGAUCACCAAGGUUGUCACCAAGAACCUCAACAAGAUCAUUGACAGAAACUAUUACCCUGUUCCAGAGGCCAGAAGAUCCAACAUGCGUAACAGACCAAUUGCUGUUGGUGUCCAAGGUCUCGCUGAUGCUUUCAUGCAAUUGAGACUGCCUUUCGACAGUGACGAAGCCAGAGAGUUGAACAUCCAGAUCUUCGAGACCAUCUACCACGGUGCUUUGGAAGCCUCCAUGGAGCUGGCUAUUAAGGAUGGCAAGUACGAGUCCUACGAAGGAUCUCCAGCUUCGCAAGGUAUCUUGCAAUUCGACCUGUGGGGCAAGAAACCUACCGAUCUUUGGGACUGGGACGCCUUGAAGGCCAAGAUCCAGAAGAACGGAUUGAGAAACUCGCUUUUGGUUGCACCAAUGCCUACCGCUUCGACUUCGCAAAUUCUUGGAAACAACGAGUGUUUCGAGCCUUACACUUCCAACAUUUACUCCAGAAGAGUUCUUGCUGGUGAGUUCCAGAUCGUUAACCCAUACUUGUUGAGAGACCUUGUCAACCUUGGUUUAUGGAACGAUUCGAUGAAGAACUUCAUUAUCAAGGACAACGGAUCGAUCCAGAACCUUCCUAACGUUCCUCAGGACUUGAAGGACCUGUACCGUACUGUUUGGGAGAUUCCUCAAAAGAGCAUCAUCGACAUGGCUGCCGACAGAGGUGCGUACAUUGACCAAUCGCAAUCGAUGAACAUCCACCUUAAGAACCCAACCAUGGGUAAAUUGACCUCGAUGCACUUUUAUGGAUGGAAGAAGGGACUCAAGACCGGAAUGUACUACUUGAGAACCCAGGCUGCUGCUGCUGCCAUCCAGUUCACUGUUGAUCAGAGCUCUGCUGCCACUGCUUCUUCCACUGUUGCAUCUUUGGACAAGUUGAAGUUGAAGAAGUAUGUUACCAGAAAGACCUCUUCUGUGGAGGAUGUUUCGUUUUCUUCGGCCGAGUCCAUGAUCGAGACUCCUUCUCCAGAAACUGCUCCAUCGAGCAUUGAGGGAUCUAUGGCCGAGUUGAACAUCAAGGAGUCCAAGCCGGCUGAAGAGCCACAGGAGCCAAAGGAGACAGCUGAAGAGCCAAAACAGGCCGAUUCGGCAGCCGAUCCUGCCAAGGAAACCACCAGCGACGAGUUUGAUAUCUUCAACUCGAAGUUUAAAGAGGCAUUUAGCAUCUUCGAUAAGGAUGGCGAUGGAAAGAUUUCAGCAUCAGAACUCGGAACAGUGAUGAGAGCGCUGGGCCAGAACCCAACACAACAGGAGCUGAACGAUUUGGUGAACGAGAUCGACACAAACGGCAACUCUUUGAUCGAGUUUUCCGAAUUUCUCACCAUGAUGGCCAGACAGAUCAAGGAACAGGACGUGGAGGCGGAGAUUCUCGAGGCCUUCAAGGUGUUUGACAGUGACGGAGAUGGAAAGAUCUCUCAGACCGAGCUGGUCCGUGUUCUUACAACCAUUGGUGAAAGACUUACAGACGAAGAAGCUAAACAGAUGCUCCAGGCCGCAGAUACCGAUUCUGACGGACAAAUUGAUAUCGAGGAGUUUGCCAAGAUCUUGCGUGGAAAAUAA